AAGUCGCGUCUCCUAGUAGUCAUAAAAUUAAGUACUGGAAUCAAAGUUUGUGGUUUAAAAUUCUUGUGUUGUUUAAUUCUUAUGUAAAUCAAGUUCUAGGAAGUCAAUAAUAAUUUCAACACGGAAUCACCGUCACCGGCGGCUGUUGCGUUGCUGCCUGCAGCACAGCGAGUGAAGCUGUAUGCCAUCCUAAAUAUCUAAUACCCGGCCACACUUAAUUGUUUUUCAUCUCCAUCCGAUCAACUUCCUGCCAUCCAUCCAUUAGUGAUAAUUCCCUCCUCCUCCUCGGACGAGUCAAAAUUUACUGCAAUUAUUAGUACCAUCGAUCAAAAUCUUGGUCCAAAGAAGAAAUCGACAGCCAGCCAGCCAGCCAGACAGGGAACUAGUGAAAAAAAAAAUGGAGACGCUAAUGGAAGACGAAGAGUACAAUUGGAGAGAAGUUAAGCUUCCGUCGCUGCUACCGAUUGUAGGGGAGCCGGAAUUGGAGAGGGAGCAGGGGGACAGACGAAGGGGUCGGGACAUCUUGAUCGCUGUGGAUCACGGGCCCAACAGCAAGCACGCCUUUGAUUGGGCCGUUGCUCAUUUCUGCCGUCUCGCCGAUACCAUCCAUCUCCUCCACGUCGUCUCCAGCUUGGAGAAUCAGAUCGUGUAUGAGAUGACUCAGACACUAAUGGAGAAGCUUUGUGUAGAGGCCUUUCAGGUUGCCAUGGUGAAAUCGUUUGCUAGAAUUGCGGAAGGAGAUGCAGGUAAGGUUAUCUGUAGGGAAGCUGAAAGGUUGAAGCCUGCAGCCGUUGUCAUGGGUACCAGGGGUCGAGGCAUAAUUCAGAGUGUAUUGCAGGGAAGUGUGAGUGAGUUCUGCUUUCACCACUGUAAAGUAGCACCCAUAAUUAUAGUUCCUGGAAAAGAGGCUGGGAAUGAAACUGUGGUUUAGUUGAAAUUGGGCUGCAUAAGCAACUUGGGUCUGAAGAUCGUCCACCAGUGGGAGUCAUUUAACAUGUUAUUGAUAACAACAGCUGUUUAAGGCAGGAUUCAUUUCAUUCGACGUGAGUGUGUUGAUGAUAGUUUCGUAUCAUGUGUAUGGUUGUUUGAUCAGUCUUGAAGAUUUCGUUAUACUUUCAGAUGCUAUUAUUUGAUCAUGUGAAACGUUCACUGUAUAUACGUAGUGAGUUUGUUGUUGACCUUUUUAAACUAGGAUUGCAGUUGUUUUAUGGAAAUUGCCGUUAACCAUAUCAGCCGUUCUAAUUUACACUGUUGUAGAUUGUGGUCCUUUGGAACAGGCGAAGUAAGAAUGCUGGCUAUUUUGUGCUGAA